AUGUUAACUAAUGUAAAGAAUGAAUCUCUGGAGAUUGCACUAAGGAAACUAAAGUAUAUUGAACUUUCCGAAGUUGAUAGCGACGAAGCUAUCAACUUAGAACGAUCUAAAAAAUCACGCUUUACUCGUUGUAUUAACGAAAAAGGAAGGCAAUCACCUACAAAAGAAUGUUCAAAAAAAGUAGUUAAACAACCGAUACCUAGUUCCUCGAGAGAUUUCCCCCCUUCAGAAGAAUUUCAGAACUCAGAAGAAAACGAAAAUAAUAGCAACAGUGUUGAUGUUGAAAAAACAAACUCACAGGAUUUUCCAUCCCGAAAAGACCAAGGACAAAAAAGAAAAUCAGAUCAGUAUCAUGAUACUGAAGAAGUUUUAAUUGAUGAACAAUUAGAAGGAGGCGGAAUACUUACUGAAAAUGACUCUACCGAUAAUGUGAUAGCUUUGGUGAAAAAAUCUACAAAAUUAAUGUUAGCAAAAAUGAAUAAAAUCGAAAUGGGCAUGAAAAGCAAUGGAAGAAGUGGACAAGAAAAUCGCUACCCCAUUGUUUCAUUUUUGGAUCCAGAUGAUGAUUUAAAAAUGUUUCCAGCAAAAAAUCUGUCUGAGGUUAUGAAAAUUGAAGAAAAACUGUCUUCACAGUCUUUUUUUCAUAAAGUUGUUACUGCUUUGGUAAAUGUGGGACCUUCAUAUUCCUAUAGUAUGACAGUAGUAAAUAUGCUUAAUCAUCUUUUAACUUUUGAAGUCGGAAAAGAAUUCACUUUAAAAGGACAGUCCAAAACAAAAUCUUCGUUUAUUAAGCUUAGGCUCAAGUCCUUAAUCUCUUAUGCAAUGAAGGAUGUUCAUAAAAAUGUUGCACCAUGUGAUAUUGAUGAAUAUAUCGCAAAUUGGUUGACGCAAUGCAAACAUCGAGAAGUUCGUGCGAAAAAUAGAGCCGAAAAGGAAAGAACUUCUGCACAGGAAGCUGUUGUAAAUUUUCCCCAAGAAUAAACUUUAAAUUAUCUUUCUAUUAAACCUUCAAUGUUUUUGAUUCUUAGUUGGCUGUGCUAAUAAGGCAGCCUUGAAAGUCUAACAUUCGUAUAUUGUAAGUAAAAAUGACAUACAUCUAAGUUUUUUCUA